AUGAAAGCUGUAACAAUAGCACGAAGAUUUAACCAUGCUACAUUACAAUAUGCUUCUAAUAAAAAAUCGUUCUUAAAGAUACGUGGACCUGAAGCUCCCAAGUUUUUAAAUGGACUAGUUACAUCGAAACUAUUACCAGCCUUUACAAAGAAGAACUUGACAACUAUUAACCCCCAUCAAGAGGAUAAAAAUAACCAAUUAGAAUUAGACUUUGAUGAAACUCAUAGUAAUUGGGGGGUUUUCAACGAAAUGGGUUAUAAUGGCUCUUAUAUCUCUAGAUUUGGUACUUAUACCGGAAUACUUAAUAGUAAAGGUCGUCUUUUAACUGAUACCCUUCUUUAUCCAUCACCACUGUGUCAUGGAACCAAAAAAUCCAUGGCAUGGCCAGAGUAUCUUUUGGAGUUUGAUCCAUCAAUUGGUUCAACGCUGAAUAAAAUGUUAGAUCUACACGUUCUCACUAGUAAAGUUAAGACUAAAUUAUAUGAAGGUGGAUUUACCUCUUGGGAUAUGAGAAUUCUGUUACCAGGUUUACAGGCUGAAGAUGAGAAUCCCUGGAUUUCUAACGUUUUGGAACCAUCUACCAUGACGAAAAACCCUCAAGAUGCGCAAGCAUUUGCCGCCGGUUUGGCAUCAGCUCUAUUCCAAGGUAAUGAAGCUCAAGUUAUUGCCAUGUAUAUCGAAAGACGUACAGACCAAUUAAUUGAAGCAGAUGGAUCUAUGGGUCAACAGUUUAGAGUUGUCACUAAGAAUGGUGUCGAUUUAAAAUCGAUUUUAAACCCACAAGGCUUCCCCUUUGAAUUUAAGCUUGAAGAAGUAGAUCCUGCAUUCUUUAGAAGAUUAAGAUUUGAGCAGGGUUAUGUUGAUAGUGUCCAGGACUACACAGCAGAAUCAUUACUGCCAUUAGAAUUAAAUUUCGAUUUUUUACCCAAUGCUGUAAGUGCUGAUAAAGGCUGUUAUAUCGGCCAAGAACUAACCGCUAGAACUUUUGCAACAGGUAUUUUGAGAAAAAGACUGGUUCCAGUAACUUUGUUCAAUCCUGAGAAUUAUCCAUUACCGCAGGGCAAACAGUACCCUGAUAUUAGCAUGGAACCCGAUCCAAAUGAAACUCGCAAACCAAGUGCUAAUUCUAAUCCCUUUGGGAACACUAAAACUCCUAAACGUCAAAGACCCGCAGGUUCCCUAAUUGCCAGUGAAGGCAAUAAAGGUGUUGCAAUGUUACGUAUUGAGCAUUUCAAAAGGGCAUUCCAUAGUGAGGAAGAUGAUAAACCAUUCUAUAUCGCUACAGAAGACGGUAAAAGGAUAGGGAUUAUCCCGAGCCAGCCAUUUUGGCUACUUGACCAUGAAGAAGAUCUGUAA